CCAUUCAUUUCUCCAUUAAUGCCCUAAUUUUUUUUCCUUUUUUCCCAGUUGGAUUUCUGUGUCACAUUUAAACAAAAGAUGCAUCAUUGUUCAUCUUCUGUUGUUUCAAAAUUAUAAAGCGAUCCCAACCAAAAAAUAAUAAUUGUCAUAAUUAUUUAUAUAUAAGUUUACUUACCCCCUUCUGAUAAAUGCAUGCAUCAUUAUCCCUAGCUCAGUCAGUUGAAUCUCUCUCUCUCUCUCUCCCUCUCUCUCUGCAGAAAGUUUGUGCAUAAAAUAUAUAUAAAGAUCUAAACGCAGUGAGCAAGGCCAACCAGAGAGAGCCACAUCGAUCAAGAAAUUUGUCUAGGGCUGUAUUGGAAUGUGAAUUGAAUUCUUUUUUUUGGAGGAAAAAAUUAGUGUGUGUUGUGCGUGUUUUUUUUCUAUGGCUUUGGUUGGUGGUGGUGACUGUUCAGUUCUUUACUUGUGCUCACUUGUAUGGAUCACAACUGUGCUCACUCUCUGUCAAGGUGCUCGAAAUGAUCAUCCUGCUCAAUACAAGUACCCCUUCAUCAAACCGGCGAGCUCAUUCUCAUCUCUGCCGUCGUCGGCGGCGUGGGUGGACCCCACGGCGUCGUACGACUACAUAGUAGUGGGCGGGGGCACGGCGGGGUGCCCCCUGGCGGCCACCCUAUCGCGGAAUUACUCUGUUUUGUUGUUGGAGAGAGGCGGGACGCCGUUCGCCAACUCCAACGUGUCGUUCAUGCAGAAUUUCCACAUAACUCUCGCCGAUUUCUCCGAGACAUCGGCGUCGCAGAUGUUCAUCUCCACCGAUGGAGUAUUCAAUUCUAGGGCUAGGGUUUUGGGCGGUGGCACUGGCAUCAAUGCCGGAUUUUACUCCCGGGCAAGCUCAAGUGAGAUUAAGAAAGCAGGGUGGGAUGCUGAGCUGGUGAAUGAGUCGUACCAUUGGGUGGAGAAGCAGAUCGUGCACAGGCCCGAUUUCGGGCCGUGGCAGCGGGCCAUAAGAGACAGCCUCUUAGAGAUUGGUGUCUCACCUUUCCAUGGCUUCACCUACGACCACUUGUACGGCACCAAAGUCGGUGGGACCAUCUUCGACCGCUUCGGCCGCCGCCACACGUCUGCGGAGCUCCUCGCCUCCGCUAAUCCCGAGAAGCUCCGCGUCCUAGUCCGUGCCACGGUCCAGAGGAUUGAGUUCGACACCACGGGGAGAAGGCCUAAGGCAGUUGGAGUGAUCUUCAAAGACGAGAAGGGGAAGACGCACCGGGCAGUGCUGUCGAAGAGAGCGAGGAGCGAGGUGAUCGUGUCCUCAGGUGCAAUCGGCAGCCCCCACUUGCUGCUCCUGAGCGGCAUUGGCCCCAGGGCCGAUCUGGAGAAGCUCAACGUCCCGGUGGUGCUCGACAACGGGUUCGUGGGGAAGAACAUGUCGGACAACCCAAUGAACACGAUCUUCGUCCCGAGCAAGACGCCGGUGAAGCAGUCCCUCAUACAGACCGUCGGGAUCACCAAGCUGGGAGUCUACAUUGAAGCCAGCAGUGGCUUUGGACAGAACAAGAGUAGCAUCCAUUGUGACCAUGGCAUUGCUUCUGCUGAGCUAGGGCAGCUCUCGACCAUCCCUCCGAAGCAACGCUCGCACGCAGCGAUCCACAGCUUCAAGCGCCGGAAGCGCAACCUCCCCGUGGAGGCCUUCCAAGGCGGCUUCAUCCUCGCGAAGCUCGCCCGGCCGCUCUCGCAGGGCGAGGUGAAGCUCGCCAACACCAACGUCGACGACAACCCCUCCAUCACCUUCAACUACUUCACCCACCCGGCCGACCUCGCCAAGUGCGUCGAGGGCAUCCGCCUCGUCGAGCGCCUCCUCAAGUCCAAGCCCUUCACCAACUACACGCAGCUCGACGACCAAACCGUCGUCGACAAGCUCCUCAAGAUGAGCGUCGAGGCCAGCGUCAACCUCAUUCCGAGGCACACCAACGACACCAACUCGCUCGAGCAGUUUUGCAAGGACACUGUCAUCACCAUCUGGCACUACCACGGCGGCUGCCACGUGGGCCGGGUCAUCGCCCCCGACUACCGGGUCCUCGGCGUUGAUAGGCUCCGCGUCGUGGACGGCUCCACGUUCUUCGACUCCCCGGGGACCAACCCUCAGGCCACCGUCAUGAUGUUAGGCAGGUAUGCUGGAGUGAAGAUUUUGAGAGAGAGACUAGGCGAAGCCGCUAGGGUGUGAGGAAUGAGUAGAAGAGGUUUGGUUUGUGUUUAAUAGGGAGACAAAAAAUUGUAAUUCUUUGAAUCUUGAUUGUUUUGGUAGAUGUUAAGAGGUAGGUGAUGAUGUGUGAAGAAUGUUUUGUGGAGUUGUAGUAGUAUGUGUUGUAUUGACAGUAUCAAUUCUCUUGAUGCUGCUUUUGUGUUUGUCUCUUUAUGAAUCAUCCGCCACCUCUUUUCUUCA